GCCAGCUCACGCUCGAUUGGGCCGAUGUUUUGAAUUGAUCCUACUUGGGUGUACUAUAUGCGAUCUCCGGUAACUUAAUCCUCAUACCUGUCCUGUCUCCAGUUCUCAACUUGACGAUGGCCUCGGAAGCCAUUCGUCCGAGGGGCAGACCAGCCCAUACCCCCGGAACCACAGUUUUGGCGUAUACCCCGAACGGCCAUCGCGUUAUCACUGGUGGUUCUAACUCUGCGAUUCGAAUUUACACCGUUGGGCAAGAUGGCGAACCGAAUACCAUUGACGAAGGUGUUGAUGGACACCUGGGCAUCGGUGCUACCGACAAGUAUUUCAUCAUGGGAGCGGAGGAUGGUACAGUUUGGCAGUACGAAAUCGAAUCGGGUCGAAUGGAGACUCUGCUUGUUCGAUGCGCCUUGCCCGUACGAGAUAUAGCGGUUUCGAAGGAUGGCGAAUGGGCUGCAGUGGCAAGCGAUGAGCUCACGGUGAAAAUCGUCAACAUUGAGGAUAUGACUAAAGUCAAGUAUCUCCGGGAACAGGCCAAGGGAACGAAACAUGUUACCUUCGAUCCGAACGGGCGGUACAUCGCGGUCUCGUGCACUGACGGUAUACUGUACAUAUAUUCAAUACUCUCCGAUGAACCGGAGCUUGUACAAAAGCUUGAUGGGGUUAUUCGGAGGCUCGAGCCGGAGAAUGAAGCGACAUCGAGGGUGGUAUGGCAUCCGGAUGGAACGGCAUUUGCGGCUGCAGAUGCCACCAGGAAUAUUGCAAUUUUCUCCGCAAGCGAGUGGAAGAAGGAGAAGGUCUUUUCUGGCGGUCAUAAUGGCGAUGUUACAGCAAUCAGCUGGUCUCCGAAUGGCGCACUUCUGGCAACUGCUGGUGCUGAUAGUCAGGUUCUGCUAUGGGAAACUAAGACACAGAAAAUCCUACAGCGAUACGACUUCUCAAAUGUGAUUAAUCUCGCUUGGCACCCUACUACGAACUCACUAUCGUUCACGACGUCAGAUGGAGAGUUAUUCAUAUACGACGGGAUUGUGCCGAGCGAACACCAGCAACUGCUCCAAAAACCGCUUCAGGCUGCACCUAUUUUCCCUGGACCUCUAGCGGAGCUAUCUGAUAAUGUGAGGCGACCGUUGACGAAUAGACCGGAGGAGUCGUUCGAGCGGAGAGCAGGUACUCCUGGCUCUCUUGAUGACAUCCUCGGCUCCGACCAGGGGAUGGAGGAUUUUGUCGAUGACGAUGAUGGUGCCGGAUACGCCGAAGGCAUUAAUGCGUUUGGCAAGCGAACGAAUCAACAUCUGGAUGAGAUUGAUGGUCAUGCUGAGAAGCGGCACUUGACAUCUUAUGUGAAACCUAAAACACAUCCUCCUCUUCAGCCUGGAAGUACACCCUGGCGAGGUAACAGACGCUAUCUAUGCUUGAAUCUGACGGGCUGUGUUUGGAGCGUUGACCAAGAGACCCAUAAUACGGUGACGGUGGAGUUUUAUGACCGAGAACUCCAUCGGGACCUUCACUUUACGGACCCGUACCUCUAUGAUCGCGCGUGUCUGAACGAACACGGGACUCUGUUCUCUAACAGCCCUUCUGAUGGCAGUCCUGCCACAAUAUUCUAUCGCCCCCAUGAAACAUGGACUACGCGAGCAGACUGGCGGACUCAGCUGCCUAGGGGGGAGUCCAUCAGAGCGCUGGCGCUAAGUGAUUCGUACAUCGUUGCUGUGACGACAAAAGACUAUGUCCGCGUGUAUACAUUAUUCGGAACUCCGUUCAAGGUAUAUAGGCAGAAGAGCCCGGCGGUGACAUGCGCCGCUUGGAGGGACUAUGUCAUGACUAUUGGGAACGGGCCAGUAGGGAGCGAUGGCCGCACAUCAACGUUGCGGUAUUCGGUCGAGAAUGUCAAGAGGGAUGAAAUCUGCCAAAAUGAGGACAUCGUAGCCCUCCCUGAAGGCGCGGAACUGCAGAGCGUUUUUUUCUCAGAUACGGGGGACCCUUGUAUUUAUGAUUCCGAAGGUGUCCUCCUCCUUCUGCAACACUGGCGUACCCCUGGCCAAGCUCGCUGGGUUCCACUUCUCGAUACUAAACAACUGGAGCGGCUCGCUAGCGGUCGCAAAGAGGAAACGUAUUGGCCUGUCGCUGUUGCUCAGGACAAGUUCCAUUGUAUCAUUUUGAAAGGAGGAGAUAAAUACCCAUAUUUUCCUCGUCCAUUGCUUAGUGAAUUUGACUUUCGGAUCCCGAUAUCUGACACACCAGGCAAAACACCGGGGGAAGAUGAGGAUGGAACUGCGCAGAAUGAUGCUGCGAAAUUUGAAGAAGCCUUUGUCCGCGGCAAGAUCAUGCUUUCGCUCUUCCAGGACCUCCUAGGAUCUACUAAUGCUACUCCGACUCAGCGUGCCGAGUUGGCUCGCAAAGAGCUUGAGUUGGAUAAGAUUCUCUUGCAGAUGCUGGCUGUUGAAUGCCGGGAGGGAGAAGAGCGUGGUAUGAAGGCCUUGGAAUUGGUUCAUAUGAUGAAGGACUGCAACGGCAAGAUGGUUGAAGCCGCCGUCAAGGUUGCAGAGCGAUACGGUCGAGGCGUGUUGGUAGAUAAAAUCCGGGAAUUGGCGGAGAGACGGUAUAUGGGGGAAGAUGACGAUGAUGAAUUAGCUUGAAUGGGGGCUGUGUAUACGCUGAAUUGAUAUCAAUAUAAUAACCUACCGAUUUGAUACGCGAUUCUUAUGAAUUUGAUUUUGUAGAAUGUCGUCACAAA